AUGCUCAGUCGUUAUCAAAGAGUCCUGCGGCCGGCAGUAAAGCAGCGGCGCACAUCCGGCCAUCCGCAGACGCCAGGCAAAUCAAAGGACAACAAUACACAUCUAGGACGUAAUGAAGUCAACAAUCGCGACCAUGCUGGACUUACUAUCCUACUCCGUGCCGCAUCGUCCACCGACCCGAAUGCCCAUGAAUUCGUCCGGGCCCUUGUCGAACACCCUGCAAUCGAUCUAUAUGCGCAGGAUCCUGAGAGUGGCUGGAAUGCCCUCCACCGGUCUCUAUAUGCUGGAAACGUUUCGAUUGCGCGAUUGUUACUGGAGCAGGAACGAGUUGACUUGACCAGUCACAAUUUGAAUGCCGUCAACAAAGUAGGUCUUUUGAUCAAAACUAAAGACCAUGAGGGCAACAGUCCUUUCGAUGUUUACAACUCUACCAUUGCCGCAAGAUCUUUGAAGAGCAUGGAAGAUGGAAACAGCUCAGAUAGCGACGCGGAAAGCGUUGACAGCGGAGGUGGUGGCAUACAUCACAUGGUUAAAAAUUCGCAUGGCUUGAAAAGUUCGAUUGGUGGCGACGAGCUUUUUGUUUUUGGCAGCAACAAGAAUGUUUCUCUUGGAGUUGGAGAUGAAGAUGACCGCCAGUAUCCUGACCGGAUCCAUCUACCUAGGCCCGACCUUCUCGUGCAUCGAUUAUAUCAUUCGCGUCUGGAGGAGCAAGACGUGGAGGCACCGUCUUCACUCAAGAUGGACGACAUUCCGACAUUGGUCAGAAACCAGCCAAUCGUCAUUCAAGACGUUUGCAUGUCCAAAUUCCACAGCGCCAUUUUGACCACCGAUCCAGUGUCAAAUCUAUACAUAUGCGGUGUUGGUCGUGGAGGGCGGCUUGGAUUAGGAGACGAGAACACGCAGUUCAAGUUCGUUCCUGUUCAAGGCCCAUUUCUGGACAAGAAAGUCCAUCAAGUGGCGCUGGGGCAGAAUCAUACUAUGGCCGUGGUUGAUAACGGAGAACUUUGGACCUGGGGCCUCAAUUCCGCCUCGCAACUUGGGUACACUCUACCAGCGCCAUUAAAGGCAGACGAAGAGCCUAUGAGCCUCACCCCGCGCCAGGUCUUUGGAUCCCUCAAGAAAGAGAUAGUUUUGGGGGUCGCUGCGUCUGCAAAUCAUUCAGUAGCGCACACGGGAUCCUCACUAUUUACUUGGGGUCGAAAUGUAGGGCAGCUCGCUCUGAUGGAUGCUGAUUCAAGAUCCCUUGAUAUCCAGCAUACCCCUCGAAAAGUCGCUGCUUCCCUUCUGGCUGCCCCUAUUGAGAUGGUAUCAGCUAUUGACAAGGCUACGAUUUGUCUCUUGUCUAACCAUACCGUCUGGGUCUUUAGCCACUAUGGUUACAAUUUAGUCAAGUUUCCAUUCCCAGACGUCUUUUCGAACAAUAUCACCAUGACACGCUACGAAUUCGGAGGCCGAAGAGAGAUAGAUUUUAUCACCGCAGGUGGUGAAACAAUAGCGGCAGUUACUGCUCGCGGAGACCUUUUCACGCUGCAUCUCAACGACAAGGGAGACUCAAGCCAAUCUGCGGCUUCUACUACCAACCCAGUCAAGAUCAAGAAUGCUCUAACACAGCCACAAUGUAUCUGGGACUCUCGCAAGGACGGCGUUACCUCUGUUGGAGUCGGUGAACAUGGCUCAGUCAUCAUCUGUACAGAGUCGGGGGCUGUAUGGAACCGAGUCAAACGCACCAAGGGUAAAAUGACUGGAUUUGCCGGAUCGAACGGCACAAAACGCAAAGACGUCAAGUUCCAACGAGUGCCGUACAUCAGCAACUGUGUGGCUGUCCGCAGUUCCAUUUUUGGCGCUUUCGCAGCUAUUAGACAGGACAGCAAGGUCAUGGCGCAGGAGAUUGUGAUUAGCGACAAAUCACUUCGUGACGAUAUCGGUUCCCUGUUGUGCCUUAACGGCUUCGAAGCCUCACAACAUCAGAACGCAGCCAAAAACGCUCGGAAAGUAUGGGAAGCAGCCAUAAUCAGAGAACGACGUGACCCUGUUGCCUACGAAAUUCUCCGGUCAGCCGACAUUGAGUCAGACCUGCGGCGCUGGCUAGAUAUGAAUCUGUUCCAGUACGACGACCUGAAUAUGGCACUUUGUUCCUCAUCUCUGCCUGAUAUCAAGAUCCCGGUUCAUAGCUGGGUGCUUGCUGGAAGGAGCCCUGUUCUACGGCAUGGGCUGUCGGAUCUGCGCAAUCGAGGAUCAACGUUCAGUACAGACUCUUUCAGCAUUGAGCUUGUUGGGGAUAAGCCUUUGUUGACGCUCUUCGAGGUUGACAUUUACACUGUUCUUAAUGUCGUAGUUCAUACAUAUCAGGACACUUUUGUGCCUGUAUGGAAGUACACGCGCGAGGCUCCUCUACUUGCAUCCCGUUUCCGACAUGUUCGGACAGAGUUGAUGAGAGUCGCAACUAAUCUCGGUCUGCCAACACUAGAAACGGCAGUUCGCUUGCAAAGAAGUGUUGAAGAAUCACUUCAUAGUGACUUCAAACAGGCAAUUUCCGAUCCUUCGUUCUUUGACGAUGGCGAUAUCAUUAUCGAGCUUGAUGGAGAGGACGUCAUGGCUCAUAGCCAGUUGCUGUGUCAGCGGUGCCCCUUCUUUGAGGGCAUGUUUAAUGGUCGAUCUCAGGGCCAGUGGCUUGCCGAACGCCGUGAUGGCAUGGAUGCUACAGAGAGAAUCAAGGUCGACCUGAACCACGUCGAUCCUGAAACAUUUCACUAUGUUAUGUCCUUCAUAUAUGCCGAUGUUGGCCCAGAGCUCUUCGACAAUGUCACGUUGUCUGACUUGGACGAGCUAUCAGAGCUCGUGCUUGAUGUAAUGAGCGUUGCAAACGAGUUGAUGCUUGACAGACUAUCACAAGUCUGCCAAGCUUUGAUAGGCAAGUUUGUGACGACAAGAAAUAUUGCGAACUUGCUCAAUGAGAUCAGUCCAUGUUCAAUCACAGAGUUCAAGGAUACCGGGCUUGAAUACAUUUGCCUCCAGCUGGAGUCAAUGCUUGAAAACCAUCUUCUUGAUGAUUUGGACGAGGAUCUACUGCUUGAGCUUGACGAUGUAGUUCGAGACAAUCAACUUGCACGAUUUCCCUUCGUACGAAGUGGGAGAGCAGAACUUCUACUACAUGAAAGCAACCCUGAGCUAGCUACCGAUAUUGACGAGGAGCGCCAGAUCAGGGUAAAGGAGAUGGCUUACAGAACAACUCAGAGGGAUGAAGAGAAGAAGUUGGCAUCCUCUUUCAAGACGCGAAUUGGUAGCAUGGAUGAAGGUAGCCCCUUACAGACCCCAGAUACAGUUCGACGAAAGUCUAGAGGUGGCCACAACGAGGCCUUUAGUCCUACUUUGCGACCCAAACAAUCACAGGCAGAUAUGAUCUUUGACAUGGAAGAUGAGUAUGGAUCUCUGUCUGCCAAGCCACGGUCUCCUUCGAAUGAGGUUGCAAAUCUUCGUUCACCUCCUGAUACAGACGAAAUGCCCCGGCUUCCUAGAGCAUGGCGGGAGUCGAAGGGCAAGGAGCUUGCAGGCUCUGCCCACAGUCCAACUCCGUUAGCAUUCUCUUUGUCUCCAGAAUCUCAGCCAUCCGACCUGGGUAGCUUGAAGGCGCCAAGAGGCACUCCUUCGAUACCUGGGGUUCCGUGGUCAUCCUCCAAGUUAGCUACUUCCAAAUUGGACUUGAAAGAUAUCAUGUCCGAAACAUCUUCCACAUCCGCUUUAACAGCAGGACUACAUGCUCAAAGGACUCAAGAUGCAGCCGCAAACAAACCGCAGACCAAAAUCUCUCAAAAAGAACGAAAGAGGCAGCUUCAAGCAUUGGCUGCAGCAGAAGCCGCAGCCAAGGACGAGUCGGCAAACCAUGUGCCCUGGGAAACAAACCCAGAAGCGGGAAGACCAGCUCCUUGGAAAUCAGCAAGCUCCGGACCCAAGACGUCUCUCAAGGAGGCUGUGUCUGCUGAAUCAAAUAUGCCCAAAGGGGUAUCUGCCAACGCAAAACCUCUUGUCGCUUCAGAAACGAAACCUAAAUCGGCAACAAGACGCACUGCGUCGCCCGACACAAGGUUUCCGGGUCAGGGUCGAACCAACAGCUCCCCCGCAGUUGUUGCAGGCCCGUCAACCGAGCAGCCCAGAAAGCCCUUGGUACCACACUCAAAGUCGUACAUUACACCGGCACCCAAGGCGGAGCCAUCGCUCGGGUUCAGUAUGGCUGAUAUCAUUGGUCAGCAGAAGCGCGAGCAAGAAGCCGUCAAGGAAGCCGUUGCGAAGCGGUCACUGCAAGAGAUUCAGCAAGAGCAAGCGUUCCAAGAAUGGUGGGACCAAGAGAGUCGCAGGACACAAGAGGAAGAGGCUCGACGGAAACAGAAAGAUGGACGAGAAAAAGAUAGUAAGGGGCCAAGGAAGAGUCGACGAGGACGUGGUGGCAAGGUUAAGAGCACCGGUGAAGCGGUUGCAAACACCGAACAGAGCAGCGCCAGCGGAGCUAGAGGCGGAGGUGCUACAGGCCCAGGCACUAGCAACCGGGGAUCUGGAGCUGGAGGAGGACGAGGUGGAGUCGGAGGCAGUCGAGGCAGGGGAGGGAAGGGACGUGGUAACAAGUCCCAGGCAACAUGA